AGCAACGCCACAAUUUGUCAAAUAGCUUCCGCCAAGCGCUGACAUGCUGAAAACAAGCACCACAACGAACGAUAACGGCACAAACAAGGUCAGCGAAUGUAAUGUUGUCGAUGAAUCACCGUCUCAACGUCAAAGCGAAGGUCAGCAACCAUCAGCACCAGUACGACCAACCGAACAAAGCACGGCCGACGAAAUAUGUUACGAUCUGGCCCAGUUUCGUACCGUGCGCGUGCUGAACAAUAACAGUACGCACAAGUGUGUCGCCCUGCUGGGGCAUUUCGGCAAUCUUUCGCCAGAGAAGCAGGCCAUCGUCGUACUCGAAAAGCGGGCCUUCACCGAGACCGAGAUUACGACAGUGGCACCUGAUGCUAGCACGCCAACGCAGCGUGAAAAAAUCGCACAGCACAGUGAAAGUGAAGUCGAGCGUGCCGACGUGGGUAAGAAAAACGAUCCAUCUGGUAACGAGCGAACGUUUUUCACGUCAUCGUCACGUUUGCACAAGGAGUUUGUUAAUGACGUGUACGGGAACUUCCUUUGCACUGUGGAUCCGGAGCUUAACCGUUUGAAGGUGUCCAUCAUCUAUCCUGCUUCGGAGAAACAUAUCGUGAAACAUAGUGCCCAACAUCGGUACAUGGUCGAUGAAACGGCCGAACAGUACAAGAAUAUUACGUUGCCACAUCUGGAACACGAGCAGUUAAGUCUGGAGUGGCUUUACAACGUACUGGAACAUCGCAAAGAGAAGGAACGCAUCCUGUACGAGGAUCCUUGCGACGAAAACGGUUUCAUUCUGCUGCCCGAUCUGAAAUGGGACGGUAAAACGGUCGAGCAGCUGUACCUGUUGGCCCUGGUUCGCCGACGUGAUAUUCGUUCGCUGCGUGAUCUAACACCAGCCCAUCUACCACUUCUGCGUAACGUGCAGACGCGUGGAAUUGCAGCCAUUAAGGAACGGUACGGUAUCGACGCAUCGCAGUUACGCAUCUACUUGCACUACCAGCCCACGUUCUACCAUUUGCAUAUGCACUUUACCUAUCUGCGGUACGAUCCUCCGGGAACGAACUGUGAAAAAGCACAUCUCUUAUCGACGGUAAUCAACAACAUUGAGCUGCUGGGCGAUUAUUAUCAGCGAGCGACACUUUCCUUUGCGCUAAAGGAAACGGACAAGCUGUACGCAAAGUUGGUUGCAUCUGAAAGCGAAGAACCUGCUGCAAAGCGCACUAAAACGGAUCUUGAUCCAUCGCAGUAA